CCACACACGGCUUUUCGGCACCUUCAUCUCCGCGACUCAGCCAACCGGAAGCGCUCAUGUAAUAAGGCUCCCUGGCUCUCCGUUGGAAAACCUAUUGGUGCUCCACUUGAUCUACUCACUGGUGAUCGAGCAACACGGGACCAUUGGGCCGCCUGUGAGCUACAGCUCUGCUCAUCACGCGUUUUUCUCAGCAAAAGGACACAGCCAAUGCGUAUGUCGAGUUAUUUCAUGGCCGGGUGCGCCUGUUUUCCCGCUAGUUUUCAUAAGGGCUCUUUCUACCUCUAAACGCGGAUAG